CAACUUGAUUGUACUUCAAGGUGCAUGUUGCACUUCGAUACUGUUAAAACCGUAAACUGACAGUUAUCGGCUCCUAACGGUCGACAAAAUGGGCGCAACGAUUCCAAAAACCGCUCGGGAAAUAAAUCCUUUAAGAAAUAUGUGAGACCGUGCACGAUUUUUUCAGAAAAUACUACCCGAAACACAAUGAUUUGGAGUCGCUGAGUGGACAAUUUCCUGGAGCUCGAGAACUCCGCCAAGAUAUGUCCGAGAUGUUCGGCAGCCCUAGAGAAGCUGUUCGGGUUAAAGUUAAGAAGUGCGAGACACGACAUCAGCCAGAGUACAGGAAGUUCAGUGUAGAUCCGCAAAUAACGUCCAUCGAAGUCUUGCAAAGUAUCCUGAUUAAAGCAUUUGACAUUAAAGGAGAAUUUACCGUAUCUUAUCGAGCUAUCGACGACUACGGCAGUGAAACGUAUCUCUUCUUGCUAUCGGAUUGGGAUCUGGACGCAGCUUUUAUUAGUGCAUCGGAGCCGUACCUCUACUUGCAAGUGAACCUGAAGCCCUUCGGUGAAACUGACGAUUGCGAAUGCGACUGGGAGGAGAAUGUUCAGGAAGUGGUCCGGAGGCAGGAAUCAGGAUUUCCGUACAAAACUCAGAAACUUCCCGGCCUCAUAAUGAAUAAGAUGGAGCGAACCCUGAACAUGGUGCAACGAGCCCUGGGGAACCUAGGAGAGGAAUCCCAGCAGAACGUGCAGCCUCCCAGACCACCAUUGACGGACGCCGAAUUUCGCAAGUUCCUGGACCCAGUUGGUCAGGUGGUCCACUCAAAAGAACUACGAGCGGUGAUCUACUUUGGCGGUAUAGAGCCCAGUUUACGCAAGGUAGUUUGGAAACAUAUUCUAAACGUCUACCCAGAGGGGAUGUCCGGUCGCGAGAGGAUGGACUACAUGAAGAGAAAGGCCCAGGAGUACCAGACCCUGAGGGAGAGGUGGAGGAGUCUGGUCCAGAAGGGUCAGAACGUCGGCGAUCUUGGAUACGUCACGGGAAUGGUCAGAAAAGACGUGCUCAGGACGGACAGGCAUCACAAAUUCUACGGAGGGUCGGACGACAACCAGAACACGGCCAGUCUCUUCAACAUCCUGACUACUUACGCAUUGAACCAUCCUAGUGUUAGUUAUUGCCAAGGGAUGAGCGACCUCGCUUCGCCUUUGCUCGUCACCAUGAGAGACGAAGCCCAGGCUUACAUCUGCCUGUGCGCCCUGAUGAGGAGGCUCAAGGACAAUUUCAUGUUGGACGGUAUUGCGAUGACCACGAAAUUCGCGCAUCUGGCCGAAGGACUACAGCACUACGAUCCGGAUUUUUACGCUUACCUGAAGUCUCACCAGGCUGACGAUUUGCUGUUUUGCUACCGCUGGUUGCUGCUGGAGAUGAAACGGGAGUUUGCCCUGGAAGACGCCCUGAGGAUGCUGGAAGUCCUCUGGGCCGCUUUGCCAGCUUCACCUCCGAAUGGCGAACUUUCCCUCGCGGAGGUUUCGUUCCCCCCCGCGUCGCCUCCGCCGAGUCCGAAUAUCAAACAGAUCCGAGAAAACGCCUACACUAAGGUCUGCGCCAUUCGCAGACAAAGUUCUUCGGCCAGUAUAGCCAGCGGGAAGAGGAAAAAUCUGAGCUGCGAGGAGCAACCUCUGGAGACUACUAGCGAGAACGGCGAGUCGAAAAGGUCCGCCUCGCCGCACGAGGCGUUCUCCGAGCCCGAGGACGACCUGACGUCGCUAAGGAAUCGGAGGAACGCGAGGACCGAGAAGUGCCUGAGCACGGACUCCUUGCCGAGCAAGACGAGGAGAAACAACCUGCUCGAACUGAAAGAAAGACUGUCCGCGGCGAAGCUCGAGAGAAGCGAGUCGGGGGACGCCGAGAAGAAGUGCGCCAAGGUAGUGAAGAACCUGAACGAGUUCCUGAACUUCACGAGCCUGAACAAGAGCAAGGUGACGCCGAGCGACGAGAGGGAGCUGCGUCGGGUGUCCAGCGAGAGCGGGGUCGUCAGGGUGGUCCGGGAAGAGACCGGGUCGCCGGAUGACUCCGCGGAUUUCUUCCCGAUGACCACCUCGAUGACCCGGGAGCUGCGUCUCGAGCUGGACGCCCUGGACCGCCAGGUCUUCGGCCCUUCCCCGCCGAGCGAGCAGCAUUGCGACUGCGUCAUCUCAAAGCGGGAGAGCGAGAUCGCCGAGAGCGAGACGGAGACCGAGGUGGCCCGCUGCAGCCCCGCCGGUGACGUCUUCGUCUGGGAGAAUCCCCUGCACUCCUUGCAGCGAAGGAACCAUCCGGCCACCCCGGACGAGCAGGCCGACCUAGAGUACGACGGCGAGAUCUUGCAGGACCACAACGGGGUCAAGUCCGUCACCCCCAUCAGACUCCUUAAACGCACUCCUAGGUCGGAGUCUGCAUCGGACAGCGAAGGUACGGAGAGCUGGCAUCAAAACACCACCGCAGGGGACUUUCAAACUCCACCGGUACAGGAACACUGCGAAGAGGCUACGGAGCUAACCAAUUUGAUACCAGUGGGAACCAGUGAUGAUCAGAUCGGUGGAGGCCCUCUACCCCCUCCUAAUGAAUUCGGUGGUGGUAACCCCUUCCUCAUGUUUCUCUGCAUCACCCUGCUGCUGCAGCACAGGGAUUUUGUGAUGCGCAACCAGAUGGACUACAACGAGAUGGCCAUGCACUUCGACAAGAUGAUUCGCAGGCACAAUGUCACUCGGGUGCUCAACCAGGCCAGACAGCUCUUCGCUGGGUAUCUGCGAAGACACUCGGCACCUGGAAGACCGGACUACGUUAACGUUUAAAGUAUUAUUACAGAGAUCGACGGAGUGGCGACUCCAUCGAGAAUCCAUCUACGAAGGUGAAGUGAAACCCACCUCGAAACAGUGGAUCCGAAUAGGACAUCUUUCUUGAUGGACAUUCCACGGAACU